AGCGUCCGGAGAGUAACUGUGCGUGAGCGCCCGGGGCGGGCCCGGGAGGGGAGCACUCUUCCAGGCCGGCCGGAGCUCGGGGAGGGGCCAAUCGGGGCUCACUACUCCCCGGGUGCGUAACUCGCCUUGGUGCCAGUUGCAAAGGCUCCUUCACUUCGGAGAUUGCUCCACAGCCAUGUCCGGGAUCUGGGUUCACUUGUCACUGAUAUUUAUCUCUGUUUCUGGACCAUUGUCUAAAGGUGAAAAUGCCCACGUGGCUGGUAUCAACUCUGAGGGGCUGAGAUUGAAUAAGAAUAUUACUGGAGCAAGUUCCUGCCAAGAAGGCCUAUAUCGUGAGCACCUGUUUUGCUGUCAGCCUUGUCCUCCUGGCAAACGUAAAAACGGUGAUUGCAAACGCGAUGGAGAUAUGCCAGAAUGUGUGCUCUGCUCGGAGGGGAACGAGUACACAGACAAGAGCCAUCAUUCUGACAAAUGCAUAAGGUGCAGCGUCUGUGAUGAAGAACAUGGGCUAGAAGUGGAACAGAACUGUACUCGGACCCGGAAUACCAAGUGCAGAUGCAAAUCGAACUUUUUUUGUAACAGUUCUCCAUGCGAACACUGUAACCCUUGCACCACGUGUGAACAUGGAAUCAUUGAGAAAUGCACACCAACUAGCAACACCAAAUGCAGAGGAUCCAGAUCUCACGCAAACAGUUUAUGGGCCCUCCUGAUCCUCCUCCUCAUCCUAAUAUUUCUAAUAAUAUACAAAGUGGUGAGAAGUCGACGCAGGAAUAAAAAGAAUGGUAAUUGCGUCUCUACAGCCUCUAAUGAUGAAGGGAGGCAAGUGAAUUUAACAGAUGUUGACUUGGGUAAAUAUAUCCCUAGUAUUGCUGAACUAAUGAGAAUAACUGAAGUUAAAGAAUUUGUUCGGAAGAAUGGUAUGGAGGAAGCCAAAAUAGAUGAUAUCAUGCAUGACAAUCUCCAUGAAACAGCUGAACAGAAGGUCCAACUGCUCCGCAAGUGGUACCAAAGUCACGGGAAGAAAAAUGCAUAUUGUACGUUGACUAAAAAUCUCCCAAAAGCUCUUGCAGAGAAGAUUUGUGACAUAGUCAUGAAGGACAUUACUAAUGAACGUGAAAAUGCAAACUUGCAAAAUGAAAGUGAAAACUUGGUUUAAAGUGAAAAACAAUUAACUCAGUUCUGAGAAUAUACUAAAUAUUCUAAAUAUGUUCAAAUAAGUUCUGAGUAG